CUACUUCGUAAAUUGCUCCAGUUUCCCUUCUCGUCUUCGUCUCUCAUUUUAGAUCUCCUUCUUCUGGUAAAUUGCUUCGUCAACCAUUCCAUUCUAAUGGCGACCUGCUUUGCUCCUCCUUUGUCCUUCUCUGGCGGAUCUCAGCUGAAAAGGCGUGAGCUUUGUUCAGGCAAGUCGAAUGCAUUGGUGAAAACCCCAAAGCUCGCAAUUCAAAGGAAAUCGAGUCAAUUGAAAACCACCCGCACUUUCUCAGUUCGUGCAGAAUACCGUGAUGGUAAUAGAGGAGGAGGUGGCGAUUUCUUUGCUGGUUUUAUUCUUGGAGGCGCUGUUUUUGGGACUUUAGCUUACAUAUUUGCUCCUCAGGUGAUUCCAUAUACCACUUCACGCUAUGAAAUUUAUCUUUGUUGGUCUAAUAUACAAUUCUGCUCUCAAUUAACGGUUGAUUUUCCAUUGUUUUAUGGAAAGCAGAGAACCAGGCAGACGUUAAAUGAAAAAAUUAGCCAGCUCAAUUCAGCAAUCGACAAUGUGUCUUCCCGUCUGAGAGGUGGAAACAAUUCCCCUACAGUGCCUGUCGAAACUGAUCCCGAAGUAGAGGCUACCAUGUGAUUUGCUAGACAAGGUUUCUGCAUGCUUUUGGUGCCGACGGAAUCUAAAGCGGUAAAAGACCCCAAAGAUAUUCAUACACGGAUAUGUAACUAAGUGGUCUUGCCUUAAUUUUGUUUUUCAGUACUUGGUCUAGUAGUCAAGUAUAGUUGAACCUGCCAUAACUUGUUUUGAAUUUUGGAUUAUAUAUUGACAGUUGCUAUACAUCUCUGGCUUCUAGCAGUGCAUUUGUUGAUGGGAUUGUGUCCUUUAUUACUUCAUUUGCCAAGUAUAUUUCAUAUCAGUUCGGAAAUCUUUU